AUGCUGCAGGAAUGGCAGAGGGAAAUCACCUGUAGCAUCUGUAGGAGCUACCUCUGUGAGCCAGUCACCAUAGGGUGUGGGCACAGCUUUUGCAGAGCAUGUCUCUCCUGGAGUUGGAGAGUUGCAACUCAAGCUUCCUCUUGUCCUGAAUGCAGCCAGGUGUCCCAGCCUUUGCAGAACACUGAGGAACAGAGCCAGUGUGCCAGGCACAAGAAAGUGCUCAAGGUCUUUUGUGAAGAUGACCAGACACCCCUCUGCGUGAGAUGUUCCCAAAGCCCAGAGCAUGGGGCUCACAAGCUCUCUCCUGUAGAAGAGGCUGCUCACAACUGCAGGGAGAAGCUCCAGUACAUUCAGAGGGACUUGGGGAAGCAUCUUGAAGAAGCUGAGAAGCUUUUUGCUGAGGAGGAGACACUCGCUCUUGACUGGCAUUGGAUGAUCAUGGGAGAAUAUAACAAACUUCACUACUUCCUCAUGUAGGAAGAAGCCCAAUGUCUUGAAAGGGUGAAGGAAGAGGAAAGGGUGAGCCAGGACAGACUCUCCCAGCAUAUGCAAAGCCUUCAGGACCUCAUGCUAGAGCUGCAGGAGGCAGGCCACCAACCCAAUGUGGGUCUGCUAGGGGAAGUUGAGCAGUUGCUGACAAGGACUGAGUCAGUGUUGUCCCAAAGGGCCAAGGCUGUGGCCCCAGAGCUGAGAGAAUACCCCAUCCCUGGCAUGAUGGAGAUGCUCAACCGGUUCAGAGUGGACAUCA